AUGAAGUUGAUCAUAGCUCUUGGCUUGCUCUGCCUCGCGGCAGUGUAUGCGAGGGAGAUAGGCGAUGACGGCAAAGAUCUCGUAGCAGCUGCCAGUGGAAAGGGCCAUCACCACGAAGAAGGGGGUGGCAAGGAACAUCACGGUCAUCACCACCAUGAGCACGGCGAAAAGGGACACAAGGGACACAAAGGACACCACCACCACCACAAAGGUGAACACGGUGAUUACGGGAAGCAUCAUCACGCCGGACACCAUCAUGAACAUGGCGGUGAUCACAAGAAGCACUGGGACGAGCACGACCAUCACGGUCAUCACCAUGAGCAUGGCCACCACCACAAGGGAGGCAAGCACGGUCACAAGAAGCACCACGACAAGGGCGAAGAAACCGACGGCUACCACAAGAAGUACCACAAGGACACCUUCCACAAGGACCACCACUUCUACGAUGACCACCACGAUGAAGGCAAGCACCAUAAGCACGGCCAUCACCACGGACAUCACGAUAAGCACGGAGGUCAUCACAAAAAGGGCGGCCAUCACGACAGUGGUCACCAUGAGCACCAUCAUGGCAAGCACGGUCAUCACGAUAAGCAUCAUCAUGAUGAAGACCAUCACGGUCACAAGGGCCACCACGGUCAUGAGGAACAUCAUCACGGUCACCAUGACCACGGCAAGAAGGGCGGCCACAAAGAUCAUAAGGAGUGGGGCUUCCAUCACGGAAAGCACUGAAUCAAACUGUGAUAUUAUUAAUAGGGUAAUAUUAUGUUUAAAUAAGUGUUUAAUGCGAAAAAUUCCGAAUAUAACAUAAAGGUUUCAAUAUCGUGCCAAUUUCAGAUAUUGAAACGCUUUAUUUUAUUUUUCGCUAUUGUAAAACGUAUUAUUAACUGUUAUUUGUUACGGGUUUUGUUACUUUUAUAAAUG